AUGGCUCCAACAACGUCAUCCCUUGUGACCAAAAUCAAAGUCCAGCUGAAGCUGUCCAUAGCACGCCUGCGCAUGGUCCAAAAGCGCGACGAAGCCGUGACCAAGACCCAAAGAAGGGACAUGGCGAAGCUCCUCGAAGUCGGCAAGAUUGACUCUGCUCAGAUCCGCGUUGAGAACAUCAUCCGAAGCGAUAUCACCACCGAGCUACACGAGAUACUCGAACUCUACUGCGAGCUGUUGCUCGCACGCGCUGGACUGUUGGAUGGGCCGACUUGCGACCCAGGCCUAGAGGAGGCGAUCAAGAGCGUCCUUUACGCGGCACCAAAGACAGAGAUCAAGGAGCUACACACCGUGCGAUCACUCCUUGCUGAAAAGUACGGGAAGCAAUUUGUGCUAGACGCCAUGGAGAACAAGGACGGCAAAGUCAAUGAGAAGGUGGUUAAGAAGCUGAGCGUGACGCCGCCAAGACCGGAGCUCGUUCAAGGUUAUCUAGAGGAGAUUGCCAAGGCAUAUGGCGUUAAUUGGCCCAAGAAGGAUCUGGGAGAGGCACCACCGAACUUUCUCGACGAUGACGAUGACGAUCCAAGCGGUGGAGGCCAGCAGAAAAACUUGGAGGCACCGCUGAUUGCAGAGGACGCAUCUUCCGAAAACGCUGCGCAGGAGGAGCUGAGUAAAGCGACACCACCGAAAAGUUUUGGUCCGAACAGUCCCUUGAGGGUAGCACCCUCAAGCCCAUCGACGGAGAAUCCACGGCCGAAGGUGACACUGAACAAGCUAGAGCUCACGCCAAACAAGAAGAUGGAGGCUGCGAAGGCCGUUCCAAAACCAGCAGCAAAGAAGGAGGACCUGAGUAGCGGGAUACCAGACGUGGACGAGUUGUCGAAGAGGUUUGCGGCUCUAAAGAGGUAG